AUGACUAAAGAAUUUGAAACCUCUCAUAGCCAUUCUAUUGCUCAAGAAAUUGAUCAACAAUUCAUUCAAGAUCCAUCAAUGGUAAAUCAAGAUCCUUUACCUGAUAAACUUCAAGGAAUCACUAACUUGGUGCUUCUUGUUGAUACAACUUUGAAUGACGAUUUUGAAAAUCUUUUAAUUAAAGAAGUACCCACAGAAGGUCAGAUUUUAUACCAUAACAAUAGUGAAGCUAACUAUAAAGAUUCUCUGCAAUUCCUUUUUGAUAAUGCACAUAAAUUCAACGAGGCAUCUGAACCUUUGAUCGUAACUUUGCAGUUUAAACUUGGACUUUUGGAUGAUGGAAGUUCAAUGACUGAUUUGUUACUCAAGGCCAAUGCCAUUAAAGCAAUUGGAAAUUUCGAAUUCAAGCUCUACAUUUUUAAGAUUGUUGCCCAUCAGAAGAAGGAUAGUUUUGUUAUGCCUUCAGAAUUGUAUUUCAAAGAUUUGAAUUGUAUUGGAUUCAGAUUUGAUACUGAUCUUGUACCAAAGAUUCAUAAUUUAUCCAGAGACGAAAAGGAAGUUGAAUAUCAUAGGAAUGUUAAUCACCAUAUUCCAAUCUCAAUUUCAUGGUUAGGACAAAAUAUUGAAGAAUUAUAUUUGGGACAAAAAGUUAGAUUAGACGGUUACGAAUUCUGUGAGUAUAAAUUUCCGAAAUUAGUGGAUCAUGGAUUUGAAUGUUACGAUCAAGUCACAAGUCAUAAUUGGGCUCCAUUCUUGUAUCAUAACAACACUUUAAAGAAGGUAGUUUUCCAAGAUUUCCAAUCUGGAAGGAUUUAUUUGGAUGUGCGAUUACAUGUAGAGAAGCUUUACUUAAUAGGGUUUGAAAUACCUGUAAUGCAUUAUCAUUGGGUUCUAUAUUUAUGGGGAGCUAAAGAAAUUUAUCUCCAUGGUACUGCAAUCGAUCCUUACUAUACCAUAGAUGAAGCUUUGUUCCAGUUACCAAUUGUUACAAAAACAAUUCAUUAUCUGAGUAAUCCUGAUUGGUCUUCUGGUGUAGCAGAGAAAACGAUUCUGAUAUUAAAUGAAUUAUCUUCUCGCUUUCAGAUUAAAUUAGUAGAGGUACCAUUCUUACCAGAACAUCAAACAGCUUGUAAGAGUUGGUACAUACGUGGUGAUCACAGCAGUACCCUAUAUGCCCGUACUUUUGAAUAUAAAGAAACGUGA